AUCUAUUCAGGCCGGCCUUGUGAAGAACAAUUUCAGCACUUCUAAUAGCAUGAAGUCUCCAUACUAUCCAGCAAGAUCUGUCCUUUUCCACAAGGAGCCCAAUGGAGUUACAUACAGGAUCCCUGCAUUGCUCUACCUGUCCCGGUCCAAAACCAUGUUGGCUUUCUGUGAAGAGAGACUCAGCCCCUCGGACUCCCAGGCUCAUCUGCUUGUCAUGAGGAAAGGCAUUUUUCACAGGAAUUAUGUGGAGUGGGAGGACAUGCAUGUUUUGGGCACAGCUUUCUUACCUGGCCAUAGGUCUAUGAAUCCUUGCCCAGUGCAUGAUGAGUUCACCGGGACAGUCUUUCUGUUCUUCAUUGCUGUGUUGGGACACACGUCAGAGGCCCAUCAGCUGAUAACAGGCAAAAAUGUAACACGACUCUGCUACAUCUCCAGCACAGACAACGGAAACACCUGGAGCCCUGUCACUGACCUUACACAAACAGUGAUAGGAGAAACCAUUAAAGAGUGGGCCACCUUUGCUCUUGGCCCAGGUCAUGGCAUCCAGCUGAAGUCCGGGCGCCUGCUGAUUCCUGCCUAUGCUUACUUUAUUGAAUGUAAAGAGUGCUUUGGACAGCUCUGCCAGACUACACCCCAUGCAUUUUGCUUCCAUAGUGACACUCAUGGGCGAACAUGGCGCUUUGGGGAGGCCGUGCCAGGACCAGAGAGUGUGGAGUGUCAGGUUGUAUCUGUGGAUGAAGAGGAAGGCACAAACAUACUGUACUGUAAUGCUCGCAGUCCUCUUGGUUAUAGGGUGCAGUCUGUCAGUCUGGACGAUGGGGCUGUGUUUCAAGAGGGGCAGCUUGUCCCACGUCUGGUAGAGCCUCGAAAUGGUUGUCAUGGGAGCAUAGUGGGAUUCCCUGCCCCUUUAUAUCUGCAUAAUUCUUUCAGCAAUGAUUUAAGUCAACGCACUCACCACCACUUGAAAUAUUGGGAACAUGACUGUACAGAUCAAACCAACUUAACAAACAGCCAGGCCCCAGAACCCACAGCCUCACCUUUAAGGACAAUUAUUGGUCCUUCAAAUUUUCUUACCCCCACCUGGGUAGUGUACUGCCACCCGACAUGGAACACUACCCGCAAAGAUUUGGGUGUGUUCUUGAGCUUGUUUCCUCGUGAUCCGGACAGUUGGUGCGGCCCCUGGGUCAUUUAUGAUGGUCCCAGUGCCUACUCUGACCUGGCCUACCUGGAGCUUUCACCAUCUCCUGAAGCUCCACCUGCAGUGGCCUUUGCCUGUCUGUUUGAGUGUGGCACCAACACAGCUUAUGAUCAGAUCUGUUUCAGUAUCUUUACUCUGUAUGAGCUCAUAGAUAAUAUACCACACAGCAUUCAGCAACUUCCAACCAGCAAAAAGCACAAACAUAGAAUGGGAAGGAGAAAAAGCAAUGUGAGAGAGCUGUGCACUAUUUUUUAG